AUGCUGAUUGGCCCGGUCGAGGUCAGUUCUAUCUUUAUUGCCAUCUGUUGUUGUCAGGUGGCAUUAAUGAAGAGAAGUAGUCAUGACAACCUACCUUUGCGAACACCGAAACAUCAAUUUCACCUCAGCGAAGACGAUUCAGGCUAUAGCAAUCAUCAUGAGUUACCUGCUGGAAACUCACCAUCAGGGAUGGAUGCAGAAAUGGAUUUUGUCUCUCGUGGGCUUUUCACUCUCCUAGAAUGUGAAGAGCUUUUGGCAAAUUUUCGCUUGCAUAAAAUGCCCCUGUUUCCCUUCGUCAUAAUUCCCACUCAGCUGGGUGUUCCGACACUUCGGCAGCAAUUUCCCUUUCUCCUGCUGUGCAUCGUGACCGCCUGCCUGGAGCACAAACCACUGUCACAACUAAAGACGGAACAAGAAGUCAGGAGGUCCAUCGCCACUCGCUUGGUAGCCAACUUGGAGAGGAGCUUGGAUCUGCUCUUAGGACUUUUGGUCCACGUUGCCUGGAGUUAUUAUCACUGGCCUAUCUAUGAUUCCCAGUGUUUCAUGUUUCUGCAAAUGGCGGUCAUGAUUGUUGGGGAUCUAGGUCUGGACAAAGGAGACUCAAAGAUGCAGGCUACUCCGUUUAACAGCCAGGUUGCUAACCAGAUGGAGAUUGAUAGCGAUUGCUGGACCUCGGCGGCACAGCGGGCUCUUCUCGGAUGUUAUUAUCUCUGUUCGAGGUCACUGUUCUUUCGAGGACAGCUAGCCAUGAAGUAUACUGAACGGAUCAAACGGUGCGCUGAGAUGCUUGCACUAAAGGCAGAAUACCCUACCGAUGUAGUGCUCGGAGUAUAUACAAAGGAGUAUACACGCUUCAGGACUGAUUCGUCACCUGUUAGGAAGCAUUUCUCGGGAGCAGAUGAGAGCAUGGCCUGGCAGAAGCUAUCUGACUCCCUCGCACUGCAACAAAAGCAUACAGAGAAACUUCUCCGUAACCAAAAUCUCUGGGACAACUGGGCUGUGCGCCUAGAGCUUAGUGCAACAUCAUUACUAGUUCUUGGACGGCACCACUGCACUCCCUACUGUGGUCUACAGCAGCUUCAAGCAUUAUCCUCGUCAGCAUACAAUACUAUCAACGUGUUUCUUGCAAUACCACUACCAGCGCUCGUUCACCUGCCUGCUUCAUCAUACAAUAUACUUUGGUACAGCCUCCUGCUUCUCUCAAAGCUCCACUUGUUAUUUCAUGCGCGUUUCGAUAUCCCUGGGAUCAAAAGACACGACAUUUACACCCUCGGACUUGCUCUGAUGAAGAAAAUGGAAGGUAGUUUGGGAGAUACACCUUUGAUAGACUGCAAAAAGGUGUCGAGAAGCAUGUCGGUUUGGCUGGAGAAUACCACGUGUGAGCAGCAGCAAGGGCAGAUUGACCUCUCAACACAGGGAUCAGGAUAUGAGCACGAAUGUCUUAGGUUUGAAAGGAAAGAUCGAGAGACGACUUUGUGGGAGAACAUGUUGGAUGAAUUCGACUGGCACGAGGAGCCUUCGGGCUUCGUUUGUAAAUGA